AUGCAUAUCUCGGGAAUCCUUGGACUCGCUGCUCUUGCCAGUACUGUCAUGGGGGAUACUGUCUCCUACGACACUGGCUACGACAACGGCAGCCGCGCGCUCACAGACAUUGCCUGUUCCGACGGCGACAACGGCCUCAUCUCUCGCUACCACUGGCAGACCCAGAGCCAGAUCCCACGCUUCCCGUACAUUGGCGGCGCGCAGGCUGUCGGCGGCUGGAACUCGCCAUCGUGCGGUACCUGCUGGAGGCUCGACUACAAGGGCCGCUCCGUUACCAUUUUGGCCGUGGACCGCGCUGUAAAUGGCUUCAACAUCGGCCUGCACGCCUUGAACGAUCUCACGGGGGGCCGCGGCGUCGAGGUCGGCCGCAUCGAGGCCCAGGCUACCCAGGUUGACGUGAAGGAGUGCGGCCUGUAA